AUGGCCGUGUAUUACCAAGGGGAGAAGGUCAAACUCGAAGAGACUUGGGAGUUGAUUACUUUAACUAAUCCUAGCUCUAAAGAAAGAUCCAACAACUCUCUAUACUACAAGAAAAACACUGAAAUUUCCAGAAAACUCACCAUUCGGCCAAUCCAAAAAACUCACCCAUUGGAAAUUUCCAACAAUCAGCCCCGCAUUGAAGAUCUAGCUCCCGAGCAAAAGCAAAACAGAGUAGAUCCAAUUCGGGAACCCAAAUGCACAACCUCAACCUUCCCUGUCCGUUCCAGAAAACCCAAGUGUAGAAGUGAAAAACACUACAGAGGGGUCCGACAACGGUCGGGGGGCAAGUACGAGGCGGAGAUCCAAGAUCCCAUUCAUCGCAGCUUAUGCAUGUGGCUGGGGACCUUCGACAUGGCUAUAGAAGCCGUCAAGGCCUACGACCGAGCCGCAUUCAAGCUCCACGGCUCGAAAGCCAUCCUCAAAUUCCCACUCGAAGUCGAGAACAUGAGCCGCAUCUGGCAAGAGAAAACAAUGCCGUGA